AUCAUCACUACUCUUACUACAUUAACAAACCAAAAAAAAUCUUUUCUGUAUUUCAAAUACACUAUAAUCAUAUCAUAUUUAUAAUUUUUUUUUUUAAAAAAAAAUAACUCAGUCACAUACAAAUAAAAGUAAAAAGAAGAACAAAAUGACCAAGAACUAUAUGGAUGACUUUGAACCCACUCUGUACACCUACCCCACCUACCACUAUUCCAUCCACGAUGGCGAUGAUGUCAUUCUCGAGUCUGCAGAAGACUGUCUCUCUGCCAGCUGUGUCGCCGAAUGGCUUGGUCGUUUCCCUAGUGCAACUGCCACACUCACAUUGGACGGAGACACCAUAGACAUUCCAGUCUAUGCCCUUCGCCGCAGAAAUGCUGUCGUUGCUGCCCUACCAGACGCCCCUAUCAUGGCAUAAAAGAAAUAAUCCCAUAACUACAUAACUUCCUUGGUCUCUUUGGUCUAUCUCUCUAGCUGGCCUAUCUUCCUUGGUAACCUUGCUUGGAUUCUCCAAAAAAAAAUGCUCAUCCAUUUUCAUCUGUACAUUUCCCUAUAUUUUCUUUCUCUCUUUCACUUUACAUCUAGAAUGUUACAUAGCAAACAAAUUACAUAGAUCUUCAUUCUCUCUCUCUCUCUCUCUAGCCUUCUUUUUUUGUUUUCUUGUUUUCUUUAUCUCUUUAUCUCUGCACAAAACUCAUUAUCUCAAUCGAUCAAUCAAAUCAUUUGUUCAUUCAUUCGUUCAUUCAAAUCAAAUAUAUAUAUAUAUUUUACACAUACAAUUUCAAAUAUUUUAUUAUUUAUUCAUUUGUUUAACAGCAAUAAUAAAAAUAAAAAGCCAAUUCGAUUCAAUUC